AUGGCUUCACCACCUUCACCUCUCAUCCCAGAUUCAUAUCAUAUCAACUCUGCUGUUAAUUAUCAAACGCAGCCUCUCAUUCCCCCUACACAAUUGAUGAACCCUUAUGUUGCCAACCCACAAGCGUAUCAUGUUAAUCAGCAUCAUCAUGACCCACUCCCAUCGGAGUUACUAUCAGAAUUGUCCUUUGAACUCAAUAAUCGAAGGGAAAACAUGCAGGCAUAUCUCCAGUGGCAGAACCUGCAAACAAUCAAUUCAGUUGUGAAUGAAAACACUAAUCAGGUUAACCUCAUUCUCAAUUGUGCUUCACAUCUUCUGGAUUUGAUCCAAGAAAAAGAGAACGAGGUGGCGGAAACAAACCAUGCAAACUGGGGACUCCAGAUGUGUUUAAAUGAAUAUGACUAUCAACUGAAAGCUUUGCAGCAGAUAGCACUGGAGAAAGAAGCCCUAGUGGCCAACCUUCAACAACAACUGGUGAUGAUUCAAGAGAGUCAUCAUCAGUUGAUGAUGAAUGCUUCUCAACCUGAUGCAGGUUCUUCAUGUGGUGACCCUUCAAAUGACAUAAUAGAUAGGGAUUGUCGAAUGUGCGGGGAAGAGAUCUCCUCUAACCUGCAAACAAUCAAUUCAGUUGUGAAUGAAAACACUAAUCAGGUUAAUUUCAUUCUCAAUUAUGCUUCACAACUUCUGGAUUUGAUCCAAGAAAAAGAGAACGAGGUGGCGGCAACAGACCAUGCAAACUGGGGACUCCAGAUGUAUAUAUAUGAAUAUGACUCUCAAUUGAAAGUUUUGCAGCAGAUAGCACUGGAGAAAGAAGCCCUAGUGGCCAACCUUCAACAACUGGAGAUGAUUCAAGAGAGUCAUCAUCAGUUGAUGCUGAAUGCUUCUCAACCUGAUGCAGCUUCUUCAUGUGGUGACCCUUCAAAUGACAUAAUAGAUCGUGAUUGUCAAAUGUGCGGGGAAGAGAUCUCCUCUGUAGUUAUAUUACCUUGUAAACAUUUAUGUUGUUGCAGAACAUGUGAAGCUAAUGUGAACUCUUGCCCCGUGUGCAAAAUGGCCAAGGAGAGCAGUUUAGAGGUUUCCUGGCCUCUGAUUAAGAAAGGGGCAGAGUGA